UUUACUACCCGUAUAUUUCUGUACCGCAGCUGUCGUAUGGUCCUAUACAGAAGAGACGGAGGGACAGACAGACAGACAGACAGACGGAGGGACAGGCAGACAGACGGAGGGACAGGCAGGCAGGCAGGCAGACAGACAGACAGACAGGAGAGCAGCCACUGGAGUCAACACAACCCGGCGAAGUUAGUCGGUGCUCUCGGACGGAACCAUCUGGAAAAGUGUGCAUUUCGGUUCACACCAGCGCUCUUGUAAAGACUUUAAUUUUAACUCGGCAAAAAAAUGAGGCGUUCCUCUUUCCUGUUGUUCUCGGGGAUUUUCGUCUGUGCACUUUUUCUCGCACUUUCACACUGUGAAGAGCAUCGACUCCCUGAAGAGAAACUUCUAGUUGUGACCAUUGCAACCAAAGACACUGAUGGCUUCAGGCGUUUCUUGAGGUCGGCUAAACACUUUAACUACACUGUAAAGAUUCUUGGUCGAGGUCAGAAAUGGAAUGGAGGUGACUACAUGUCGGCUCCAGGAGGAGGCCAGAAAGUGCGACUCCUUAAAGCAGCCCUGGAGAAGAUGAAAAAUGUUGACCAAAUCAUCCUUUUUAUUGACAGCUACGAUGUGGUUUUUGCUUCGAGUCCCAAAGAGCUGCUCAAGAAGUUCCAGCAGGCCAAACACAGGGUGGUGUUUUCCUCUGAGACCCUGAUCUGGCCUGACCGGCAUCUGGAGGACAAACACCCUCACGUCAGGGAGGGCAACAGGUUCCUCGGCUCAGGUGGUUUCAUUGGCUACCUUCCUAACAUAAAAGAAAUGGUUGCUAACUGGACAGGAGAAGACAAUGAGAGUGACCAGCUGUUCUUCACCAAGAUUUACAUUGAUCCAGCAAAGAGAAAAUCCAUAAAUAUCACCCUGGACAGCAAGUGCAGAUUGUUCCAGAACCUACAUGGAGCCCUCGAUGAAGUAGUGCUGAAGUUCGAGAAUGGUCGAGUGCGAGCCAGAAACGUGCUGUAUGAUACACUGCCUGUCAUCAUCCAUGGGAAUGGACCAACAAAGCUGCAGAUCAACUACCUGGGUAAUUACAUCCCCAGCGCAUGGACAUUUGAGACUGGAUGUACAGUGUGCCUUGAUGAUCUGUAUUCACUCACAGCUCUUAAGGAAAGUGAAUAUCCACUGGUCAUGAUUGGCAUCUUCAUUCAGCAACCCACGCCUUUUGUCACAGUUUUCUUUGAACGACUGCUGAAGCUGCAGUACCCCAAGAACAGGCUCAAGCUUUUCAUUUACAAUCAGGAAGCCCAUCAUGGUCCUCAGGUCAGCUCUUUCCAGCAGAAUCAUGGAAGCCUUUAUCAGGACAUCAAAGUCAUGGGCCCUGAAGAAGAAAUGGAUGCAACUGCGUCACGCAACCUGGGCUUUGAUUUAUGCCGGAACGACAAGGACUGUGACUAUUUCUUCAGCUUGAACAUUGAAGUGGUCUUAAAGAAUGAGAAUACACUCAAAAUUCUAAUUGAGCAAAACCUUCCUAUUGUAGCACCGAUGAUAACUCGAGCUGGCCGACUGUGGAGCAACUUUUGGGGAGCCCUCAGUGGUGAUGGCUACUAUGCUCGGUCUGAGGACUAUGUGGACAUAGUUCAAGGACAGAGAGUGGGUGUGUGGAAUGUCCCGUAUGUAUCGAGUGUGUACCUGGUAAAAGCUAGCCUCCUUCGAUCGGAGUUGAAAGACUAUGAGCUGUUCAACUCACCCAUCUUAGACCCUGACAUGGCUUACUGCCACAACGUUCGCAACAAGGGAAUCUUCAUGUAUGUAACCAACAUGCAUACUUUUGGUCGCAUCCUGUCAACAGAAAACUACCAGACUACUCAUCUGCACAAUGAUCUGUGGCAGAUUUUUGAAAACCCAGUGGACUGGCAGGAUCGCUACAUUCAUGCAAACUACACCCACAUCAUGAAAGACAAUCUGAUUGAAACGCCUUGUCCUGAUGUGUACUGGUUCCCAAUUUUCUCUGAUGUUGCUUGUAACCACAUAGUUGAAGAGAUGGAACACUAUGGGAAAUGGUCAGGGGGUGCUAAUGUGGAUACCAGAAUCCAAGGUGGCUAUGAGAAUGUGCCCACCAUCGAUAUCCAUAUGAAUCAAAUCAACUUUGAAAAGGAAUGGCAGAAAUUCUUACUAGAAUAUAUCGCACCAAUAACUGAGAAAAUGUACCCCGGUUACUACACCAAGUGUUCCACUCCCUUGAACUUCGUGGUGAGGUACAAACCUGACGAGCAGCCCCUGCUUGUCCCUCACCAUGACGCCUCAACAUUCACUAUUAACAUAGCUCUCAACAGCAAAGACAUUGACUACCAGGGUGGUGGAUGCAGGUUCCUGCGCUAUGACUGCUCCAUUCAGGCUCCUCGUAAAGGCUGGGCCCUCAUGCACCCAGGCCGCCUCACCCACUACCACGAAGGCCUGCCAACCACAGCUGGCGUCCGCUACAUUGCAGUGUCCUUUGUGGAUCCCUGAACUUCCAAAUAUGACACAACUCACUCACUAGCCCAGAACAAACAGGACAUACACUGAGUAACGACAUCUUCUCUUUUUAUUCACUGAUGUUUUUUUCAAAACAAUGUACAAAAUGGUAUUACUUCUUUCUCAAUUCCACAGUCAUGUCUGACCUGUGACAUUAAUCAACCUUCGUCAGUGCUUGUGCUGCAAUGAAACAGGAAACAAAGCAGUACAGAGGAACAAGAAUAUAUAGUGAACAUGUAACCACUUUAGUGGAGAACUGGAUCUAAAGUAACACAUCGUUCAAAUCGUCAUCUUUUUGACACUGAUAUUUAUCACAGUCUGUAGUUUUCAUGUCUCAUGUCAACUUUCCACAUCAACAUGUGAAGAAGUCUUUGGUGUCUCCAGAAGAAGCUGUGUGGAGUGUGACAGAUCUGCUGGUGUGGCAUUAGGAGGAAGCAGGCUUUCUGCAGGUUCCAGGCUACAUUAGCUGUUACUAGCAUGGCACCUAACACAUGCUAAUGAAUUUGUUAUAUUAAAUGGAUGAUGCCUCUGGUCAAGCUGCAUGAUUUAAAAAAAAAAAAAAACUGUAACUCAUGCAAUGUUAAAGGAUGACAGAACAUCAGCUCAGUACGUUCUUGACACAUAAAAGUAUAUAAUACUAUUCUAAGAGACAUUACAUUAGCAUGCAAUAAUUACAUAGCAUCCCAAUCAAGCUGUGUUUUUGUGGUAUCUACGGUACUAUUGUGAAUGAGCUGAACUAAACCGCUAAAUGAGGCACUAACUCAGCAUUUUUUAGUUUGUAGGGCUGAGAGUUUGCAUAUGCCGACCUCAUCACACAUUUGAGACAAACGGAUGUGUUACUUUAGUCAUAGUUCUAAGCUAACUUCUAGAAUAACAUUGCCUUAGUAGUUUAGUUUGCCUUGCAGUUGCAUUAUGGGAAGUGUAGAAUCUGGUAAUUUAAUGUAACUCAUAUCAGGUAAAUAUCUCAAGUUGCUAUAGUUACAACCAAAGUAUCACUGACUGUGCAGGGUUCCAUCAUUACAGGAGCCCAUGAAGGCUGCAGUCUUUCUGUGUGUCAACAGAAAACUGCUACUUUCAUUAAGGAGAUCUGCACUAAAAAUGGCAUGAAUCUGCUGUUACCUGUCAUUAAGGCCUGGUCUGGAAGUCACAGGCCUCACUGUAGAUAUUUUAUUUUAGUUUUGUGCUUGUGUUGCGUAUGACUUCAUGACUGUACUAAAAUUAAUUGGCAAAUCUAACCUGAAGUCAGGCGGUGUUCCAUUGAAAGCACAAUGAAACGGUGAUCAUCGUUACACACACAGUCACUUUGGUGCAGAUGCUGUAGAAACCUAAAGGCUCCUAUUUGGGCUGGAGGGCAUGGUGUGAAUUAGAAAUUAGGUCCUAUUGUGCCUAAAGCUGAACUCCUGCCAGGACAUCACCUGCAGUACGGCUUAGAUUUUUAUGAUUUGUUGGUGAAAACCUUUUAUACUGUUGAAUUUUCCUUGAGUGUGUAAAAUUAACUGGACCUUUUUCUGAAUCCAAAGCAGUUCUUUUUUGAUUUUUGAACCGAGACACUCCAAAGCCACUCUCUUAUUUAUGUUUUGCAUAUUUUAUUUGAUAAAAACCGUGCUUCCUGAAUUGUUUCCAUUUGCAAUAUAACUGCUUACUGUAAGAUUUUAUGUUGGAAUCAGAGCAUUUUUUUAAAACUACAUUUACUGUUGUUGGACCUUUUGAAAGUGUAACAUUCACGCAGUUGUCAUUUCUUACUUUUACUGUGCUUUGAACACAUCUGAAGUAAACCAGUGAACCCA